UGUCGUGGAAGGGGGCUGUGACCAAUGAUUGACGGUCAAAAACUGAAAUUGAAGCUUCUGGGUUUCUGCAGUUCAUGAACUCUUGGGAGCGACACGGUAUCUCAAACGUCACAGCCGCCGGCCACUGUUAAAAAAUCAUGUACAAUUAUCCUUUCUCUUCUUCGAUCCCCAAAUACAACAAAAAAUUUAUGUGCAUGACGAUUUUGGUCCUCUCUUACCCUCUUUAUAAGCGCUCUCCUCCUCUCUUUUUCCCCGAACUUCUCUCAUCUUCACACGCUUCUUCUUCACUGAUUUUCUCUCUUCCCUCCAAUUCAAUGGCCACUUGCAUUGUCACUUCAAGGACAGACGUUUCUCAACUUUCUCGCGAUCCAAACAGAUCACAAGAAGAUUCCUGCUACAAUUACAUGAAGUAUUGCAGACAACCCAGUUUCCCUGAUCAUGUUUCUUGCAAACCCAUUAAGAAGAAACAGACAGAGAACAUACACACAGCCGGAGUUGAAGAUUUUGAGGAUGGUGAGGAAAAUAUAUGGGUCAAGAUACAGGGAGAAGCAAGGUUAGAUCUUGAGAAAGAACCCAUUUUGUCGAGCUAUUACAAUAGUUCCAUUUUGUCUCAUCAAUCACUUGAAGGGGCUUUGGCGAAUCAUCUAUCGAUAAAGCUAAGCAAUCCUGGCCUUCCUAGUACUACUUUGUUUGAUAUUUUCUUAGGAGUUCUCGUAGAAAAUGCAGAUAUUAUUAAAGCAAUUAAGGAUGAUUUGAAGGCAGUGAAAGAGAGAGACCCCGCUUGCAUAAGCUAUGUUCAUUGUUUCUUGAACUUUAAAGGGUUUCUGGCGUGUCAAGCACAUAGAGUAGCCCAUAAGUUAUGGACACAAGGAAGGCAAAUUUUGGCACUUUUGAUACAAAACAGGGUAUCUGAAGCUUUCUCUGUUGAUAUCCAUCCGGGGGCGAAGAUCGGACGGGGGAUACUGCUCGACCAUGCAACAGGACUUGUGAUUGGAGAGACUGCUGUGAUUGGAGAUAAUGUUUCAAUUCUGCAUAAUGUGACUUUAGGAGGUACUGGUAAGAUGUCCGGAGAUAGACAUCCAAAGAUUGGGGAUGGGGUUUUGAUUGGUGCAGGCACUUGUAUUUUGGGGAACAUUAAGAUUGGUGAUGGUGCCAAGAUUGGUGCUGGUUCAAUAGUGCUGAAGGAGGUUCCACCAAGAACUACUGCUGUUGGCAAUCCUGCUAGGCUUAUUGGAGGAAAAGAAAACCCAGUUAAAUUGGAUAAAAUUCCUAGUCUUACCAUGGACCAUACUUCACAUAUUUCGGAGUGGUCAGAUUACGUUAUCUAGAGAAACCCACGUCAAUUUUUAUUAAUUUUUGUAAUCUAUGGAGCUUUUUGUUUGUGAUGUAAGUGAGAACCGAAGUUCUCCUAUUAGCAGACAUUAGUUCUCAGCUAAAUUGGUAUUACAUGUAGCCAAGAGCAUCUUCUACUAUAAGAGAUAGCUUUUGCUGUUACGAGCUCA